GCUCCUCCCACUGUGUCGUCACGACCGGGCACGAUUCAGAAAUCAGUUUCACUUUCUCGAAACGGCCAGUUGACAUUUUAUGUCUGCAAAUUUAAGCUACAUAGUAAAACUAACUGGGACUUCACCGUUUAAAGGGCGAAACAAUGUCGACGCUCCUUAAGGAAAUAGAAAAGUACGACGCAUGCGCAGCUUCUGAACUGAGAAAGGCAGAUUUCCGGACUGACUCGGAGAUCCGGACCCUGACUCCAGAAGACCUGCACGAGCUGUUCCCUGGACAAGAGAACCUGUUGCUGAGGAAGACCAUCUUUGAAAUAAUUCAUAAGCAGAAGCGAACACGUCAGUGCCAGGAAAAACUUGGUUUGAUCCCACAAGACACUCUCAGAAAUGUUGUGAUAGCUGAGUGCUUUGAAUGGAUAAAGAACAUAAAGGAUCAGCUGGAGGUGAUGCAGACCGUCCUUGAAGCUCGUUAUAACAAGCCAAAGGACAUCAACAAAACGUCUUCUCCAGCAACAGUGAAGUACAAGAUGGUGGUCAGUGAUAAAACCUUUGGAGCUCAUGAUCAGAUUUUGGAGCAAAUUAAGAGUUCAGGAUUAAAUCUGAUUAAGGGAAAUGAUGAAGAAAGCUGCAUCACCAUCGUUUUCUGUCCUGUUGGAACUCGGAUAGGAACAGAUGCUGUAUUAGCCAUGAAGAGGGUUCCAGGUAGUGAUCCGGUCAUUUUAGUCAUGAUGCAUUUCUCCCAAGAGCAAAAAAAAACUCACCCUACAGGAAUAUCCACUGGUUUUCCUAACAUUGUCUUGGAGGUCCAUGUUUUCUACCAUCAGAAACAGAACGGUUUAUUGAGGUGUGAACAAAACAACAAAGCUGUCAUUGAGUUAAAGGAGGAACUGAUGAAGCAUCACAGUUCACAAAACUCUGGAUCAAACUAUUAAAAUCAGAGCGGUGGAUGUCUUUUCACUUGAUCAAGUCUGAUGUGUUGUCAGCUUUGGUAGCACAGUUAAUUAAACUAACUACGUAAAGUUAAGUAAUACUAAUUCACCCCCAAAAAAUUAUUAAUGGCACAGACAGCUUUUAUACUAAGAUCUUCUUCAAAACUAAAUGAGACACUUGGAUUUUUAUUUUUGUCCAUAUUUACAACAAAAAGGAAUGUUCAAGUGUUGUAUUGGAGUGAGUUAUUUUUUUCAACAUGGUAAGAAAUAUCUUGGAGUGCUUCAGAAAAGUAUUUGCUCAUUCAUCAGGAUUGUUAUAAAGGGAAAAGUAUUUCAUGUUUUUUAGGUAAUUUUUUAUCAUUUUUCUGCUUAUUAACAAUAAAAUUCUUUUAAAUUAAGUGUCUAAAUGUUUUUUCUAUACUUGUUUUUUUUCCUGUAAUUCCUGCAAUAAUAUGAUCUCUAAAUGUAUGAUGUGUCUGCAACCUGUCCAAAGUAUACCCAUCUGGGAUAGGCUCCAGCAGCCCUGUGACCCCUAAAAGGAAUUCAGUGUGGUGAGAAACUGGACUGAUGGCUCUGCAAAAUUAUUUUGGAAAUAAAUAAUCAUAAAGGCUCAGUAUUCGCUAUUUUAAAUGUUCUAAUGCUAAUACAACAGACUAUUUUCAUUUAUCUGUGUAAUUUUUUGUUAAUAUGGGACGUUUCUGUAUUUAGUCCCGUUGUGGACAGGACAGUGACGUAAGGUAACAGAUGGACUUCUGGGCGUGAAUGAUAAGCCAGAAUAAAGUGGUGGUCCUGUAAA